GUUCGAUGAAAUUCGUGUGCUUAUGUUAGCCUGAGUGUUAAGUUUUUGUCUUGUAUUUGCUAUUAUAUUAUUUUAUAUUUAAUUAUUUGCUUGUGUAAUGCCCAAGGAACGCAACGAGAAAAGCGAGGAGGCGGCAGAUCUUACUGCAAGCUUGGCGAAGCUGCAUAUUCAAAAGCGACAGGAUUACUUACAUUGGGAUGAUUACUUCAUGGCCACGGCCGUACUCUCGUCGAGGCGUAGUAAAGAUCCCUCCACGCAGGUUGGCGCAUGCAUUGUGGAUAAGCAUAAGCGUAUUGUAGCAAUUGGUUACAAUGGAUUUCCGAGAGACUGUAGCGAUGAUGUUUUUCCCUGGUCGAAAGACGAGAGUGAUCCUUUGGAAAAUAAGAAUAUGUAUGUGGUUCACGCGGAAGCCAACGCUAUACUCAAUAGCAAUAGCACUAGUCUGGAUGGUACUCGCCUCUACACGACUCUUUUUCCCUGCAAUGAGUGCACGAAAUUAAUCAUACAAUCGGGUAUACGAGAAAUAUACUACAUAUCUGACAAGUAUGCGGAAAAACCAACCUAUCAAGCCUCCAAGCGGAUGCUCGAUGCAGUUGGCAUCGUCUACCAGCGACACGUUCCAACGCAAAAGCAGAUUAUUAUCAACUUUGACGAAACCCUUAAGGGGGAAAGCAAAUAAUAAACCCGGUUUUGAACACCUUAUUUAAAAUCUAUGUCAGUUAAUCCAGGUGUACGGUUCCUAAGGCAAAAGAUUGCAGCUAAGUUUAAAAGUAUAAUAAACCUGGUUUUAAAGAGUAAAUGUUAAAAAACACUAAAAAUUAAUUUGAUUACGUACUCUAUAAUUUCUGAUUCUAUUUAAUAUAAAACUAUAAAAACGAA